UAUUUAAUUAAUUUAAAUUUCAAGAAAAAUGCUCAAAAUAUUUAUUUGACCAAGUUCGGGUAGGUAAAGGCUUCGCCCUAGCGUCACCGUAAAAAGAUGUAAACAAUUUCAAGUCAAAAAUUUCCAACUGCCGACGUGACUCUUCUUUAUCUGAAUGAACUACUUUUCGAAUUUAGUUCUUUUUGGAAUCGUGAUCGCUAUGGGUGCUGCCGGGGUCAAGGAAGUCAAUUUCGAAGAGCUUCGUGAUGGGUUAAGCAACGCUAGCCUAGUUUAUUUAGAUGUUCGCAAUAGAGACGAGAUUGUCAAUGACGGGAAAGUGGUUGGCAGUGUGGUGGUUCCAUUGCCGGAAUUAGAGGAGGCAUUCACCAAAGGAGAUGAAGCAUUUCUGACCAAAUAUGGUUUCUCCAAACCUGCUAAAGAUGCCACAAACAUAGUUGUGGGCUGCAGAUCUGGUCGUAGGGCUGUCUCAGCUAUUCAGACUCUUGAAAAAAUCGGACACAACUCAUUGAUGAUCUACAAAGGAAGUUUCAAUGACUGGGUAGCUAAAGGUGGAGCUGUUACCAAAGGUCUUUAACCACAGUUGCUGUGCACCUGCCAAGGGAACAAUUUCUACUCUGCAAUUGCUGUCUAGUUUUGAUUAUUACGCCUUUUGGCGUUUUUGGUGACGGGUGAUAUAUCUUUUUUAUCCAUUUUUAAUGCAUAUGAUCAACAAGUAUCCUUUUUAUUAAAAACACACUUAAUUCUUCUUUGACACUAGUUUAUAAGCUGUCAAUGAGUCUUUCAUAUUUACAUCACCUUUAACGAAGUGAUCUAGGCGUGAUAUGAUCGUUUUUGAUUGGUUACGUUUGGGUUACCGAUAUUCCAAUAACCAUUAAUUUGAAUAAAACGCUAUUGUUUUAUUA